AUGUACGUCUGGAACAAGAAACCGGCUUCACACAACACCAGUCUGAGUCAAAGAAUCCAAGUCCAGACCCAGGAAUUCUGCAUCCGCACUGGGCAUUCCAGCCUAUCGAUUAAGACCCUCACCAACAAUCGGGACCCUCAAGCUGUACAGAAUGGGUUGGAGGUUCCUCAAGGGAGGCAGUUUGUCAGUGAGGCCCUCCGACAGGCAACGCACCUCCUCAACGCCGCGUACAAGAGGUCUGGAGAGCGGAGUGACGCUGUGUUGGCCAUGGGCUCGGCCUCAGCCAGUGACCUGCUCAGCUUCUUCAAGGAGCCGGAGCCCGAGACCCGGAGCGCGGUGCGAGCGGCCGAGCUGACCGAGACCACCAUCGAACUCAUCCGCCAGAUGGUCUACACCCAGGACAAGGUUGACCGCAACAGCACCGAGCUGCUGGGAGCCCAGGAGCUACAGACUCUAGCCCAGGCCACGGGCUGCACGGCUCAGCUACAGAUGGUGAGCUGUUCCUCGUCCUGUUUAAUGAACAAAUACAGAAGCGUCACCGGAGUCUGCAACAACAGGCAGCACCCAGCCUGGGGGGCCGCCAACACCGUAUACUCCCGCUGGCUCCCCGCAGAGUACGAGGAUGGCUUUCUGCUGCCCAAAGGCUGGGACGAUGCGAAGAAACAUAACGGCUUCUCAUUACCGCUGGCAAGGACGGUCUCGACUGCCAUCUUGUACACCUGUAACGAGAACAUCUCUCUGGACGGCCGGUACUCACACAUGCUGGUGGAGUGGGGGCAGUGGAUUGACCACGACAUGGACCUGACCCCGCAGAGCGCGAGCACCACUUCCUUCCUCGACGGCAGAGAUUGCUCCACCUCCUGCCACAACAGGAGCCCCUGCUUCCCCAUACAGAUCCCAGUGGGUGACCCGCGAGGUUGCGGGGAGGAGCAGGCGUGUAUGCCUUUCUUCCGCUCGGCCCCGGGGUGCAGCGGGGGGCUGGGGCCCCGGGAGCAGCUGAACAGCAUCACCUCCUUCGUAGACGCCAGCAUGGUGUACGGCAGCAGCCAGCCGCUAGCUCGCAGCCUCCGCAACCUGUCCAGCCCGCUGGGCCUGCUGGCCACCAACCAGGACCACAGCGACCACGGCCGGCCACACCUCCCCUUCAUAAGAAACAGGCCUGUCAAUCCCUGCGCCAUGACCAAAAACCACUCUCAGGCCACCAACCAGUCUGACAUCGCCUGCUUCCAGGCAGGAGACUCCCGAGUCAACGAGCACCUAGGGAUGACCGUGCUGCACACUAUCUUCUUACGGGAGCACAACCGCGUGGCCUCCGAACUACACCGACUGAAUCCCCACUGGAGCGGCGAAACCCUGUACCAGGAGAGCCGCAAGAUCAUUGGGGCCUAUCACCAGGUGAUUAACUGGAAAGACUACAUUCCUAAGAUCCUGGGACCGGAGGCCACCGAGGAGCACCUACCGGGCUACACCGGCUACCGGGACACAGCCGAUCCCCGCAUCUCCAACGUGUUCGCCACGGCUGCCUUCCGCUUCGCCCAUGUCACCAUCCACCCCGUCCUGUUCCGCCUGGACCAGAACUACUCGGAGAGCCCCGACUACCCCAGCGUCUCGCUACACAAGUCCUUCUUCUCCCCCUGGAGAAUCAUACAGGAAGGGGGAAUCGACCCCAUUCUCCGCGGAGUGAUCCUGAAGUCGGCCAAGCUGCAGACACAAACACAGAUGAUGCCGGCGGAGCUGACCGAGCGCCUCUUUCAGCCCGAGGAGUCGCUGGCGCUCGACCUGGCUUCCCUCAACCUGCAGCGAGGCCGCGACCACGGGCUGCCCGGUUACGGAGCCUGGAGACGGUUCUGUGGGCUGCAGGAGCCCAGAAGUCUCUCGGAUCUGGAGCUGGUGCUGAACAGCACGUACCUGGCCACUAAGUUGCUGUCCGUGUACCAGACCCCAGGGAACGUGGAUGUGUGGAUCGGGGCCAUCGCAGAGCCUCUGCUCCCCGGGGCCCGCGUGGGACCACUCCUCGCCUGUCUGCUCGGCCGGCAAUUCAGGGCCUUACGAGACGGAGACAGAUUCUGGUGGGAGAACGACGGGGUGUUCACCAGGCGGCAGAGAGAGGAACUCCGCAAAGUCACUCUGUCCAGGAUCGUCUGUGACAACACCGGGAUCGGACGGAUUCCCGUGGACGUGUUCUCCCUGAACCACUAUCCCCGGGACUUUGUGCCGUGUGACAGCCCGGACCUGCCCAGCCUCAACCUCAGUGCCUGGAGAGAGGAGCUGACAGGUACUCUGUGUGGGCCGGUCCCCAGAGUGCCCCGGGCUCACCUCUUCCUGUGCGGAGACACCGUCCAUUUCCAGUGUCACUCCGGCCUCCGGCUGCUCGGCUCAGCCUUCAUCACCUGUAACUCCACCACCAGGGCCUGGAGUUCCCCUGCCCCCACCUGCCGAGAGGUUGUGUCUAAGAGCCUGAUCCCUCUGAUCAGCACCGGGGUCACCGUGUGUGGAUUUGUCAUCUCGACAGCUCUCCUCAUCACAGGACUCAGAUAUCAUUGGAGGUACAAGGGGAAGGGAUGCCAGGUGGGGCUGUGUGUCAGACUGUUCUCCAGGAGCGGGGGAGAGGGCCGGGGUCACCGUGCAGAGGAGAUCCCUGGCCCCGUGGCCUUGUCCACAUGA